UGUUUUGAGCGCGCAUCUUGUUAGUGUCAGCACGACUGAUGCCUUUACUGAUUCUUUCGGGAAAAUCUUUGAAAAUGCGCAGCCACAAUAGUCGGAGCUUUUGGAAUUCCAAAGCGAUACAGAGAGGGAAGCAAACGCUCGGUAGCCCGACUGUGGUUAAGAGUGGCGUCUCUUUUCCUGAGCAGUGAGCAGCAGUUGGAGUUGGGAGCUCCUCGUGUGCGCGCUGACGACGCAGACGCAAAGCUCCUCUCCUCUUUUCUCCUCUCCUUUCCUCGCUGCAGUCUACUUGCAAAAAACUAGAUUGCUUUUAAAUCUCCUCCUCCAGCGACGCGGGCGAUGGGUGUAGUCAAGUUAAUGCCAUUUGGAAACGAGGAGUGGAGGAAAGUCAUCUUGUCUCGAGUGGGAUCUUUCCUUGCCGAUUCAUCCCAACUUGACGAUUAAGGCGCGCUCCUGAAUUCCAAUUACUGCAACUCGGACACCGAGAUGAACUAAUCGCAGCGCAACUCUUCUGGAAUACUCCGGACUGAACGAUGCAUUCCUGCUUCAAGAGGAUUUACUGUCUUGUGGCAUGUCUGCACCUUUGUUCAGGCUCUCGUCUUCGACAGGAAGACUCCCCUCCCCGCAUUGUGGAGCACCCCUCUGACCUGAUUGUGUCCAAGGGGGAACCGGCAACCCUCAACUGUAAGGCCGAGGGACGUCCGCCACCUACGGUAGAAUGGUACAAGGACGGCGAGCGCGUGGAAACGGACCGGGACCAUCCUCGCUCGCACCGCAUGCUCUUGCCGACCGGCUCUCUCUUCUUCCUGCGCAUCGUCCACGGACGACGGAGCAAGCCGGACGACGGCAGCUACGUGUGCGUGGCCCGCAACUACCUGGGCCAGGCGGUCAGUCACAACGCAUCGCUAGAGGUUGCCAUUUUACGCGAUGACUUCAGACAGAACCCUGUGGACGUUAUGGUUGCAGUCGGUGAGCCCGCGGUCCUGGAGUGCCAGCCGCCCCGAGGACAUCCUGAACCUACUAUUUCUUGGAGAAAAAAUGGUUUGAACUUGGACGACAGAGAGGAACGGAUUACAAUCCGCAGUGGCAAGCUGAUGAUCACCAACAGCAGGAAGAGCGACGCGGGGAAAUACAUUUGUGUUGGAACAAACAUGGUCGGCGAACGAGAGAGUGAAAUUGCCGAACUCACUGUACUUGAGCGCCCGACCUUCCUCAAGCGGCCCAGCAGUGUAGUGGUGUUGGCGGACGGGAGUGUGGAGUUCCACUGUGCGGUUCAAGGUGAUCCUGUUCCCACUGUCCGCUGGAGGAAAGACGAUUCUGAGCUGCCUAAGGGAAGAUUUGAAAUCCUUGAAGACCACACUUUGGUUGUACGCCAAGUGACCCCGUCAGAUGGGGGCUCCUAUACUUGUGUGGUGGAGAACAUGGUUGGGAAGUCUGAAGCAUCUGCCAUGCUUACUGUUCACGUGCCGCCCGCAUUUGCCUUACGGCCCAGGAACCAGGUGUCGGCAAUAGGCAGGACCGUCACCUUCCAGUGUGAGGCCACCGGUAACCCGCAGCCUGCUAUCUUCUGGCAGAGGGAGGGCAGUGAGAGUCUCUUGUUCUCUGCGCCGCAGCCCUUCAGCCGCGUGUCUGUCUCCCAGACGGGCAGUUUGACGAUUACUGAUGUUCAACAAACCGAUGGCGGCCUGUACAGCUGUCAGGCUCUCAACAUCGCUGGCAGCGUUAUUACCAAAGCGCUGCUGGAGGUUACCGACUCCGGCUCAGAAGUGCCUCCCCCUAUAAUUAGACAGGGCCCCGUCAAUCAGACUGUACCCGUGGACGGCACCGUGGUGUUGAAUUGCGAUCCGGCCGGCACGCCGCCUCCUUCCGUCCAUUGGAAGAAGGACGGUGCGGUCUUGUCACCGGUGGACACACGCUUGUCCGUCGCAGAGAGUGGCUCGCUUGAGAUUCGUUACACAAAGCUUGAGGAUACUGGUUUUUAUACUUGUGUAGCUUCCAGCCCCAACGGAGAGGCCUCCUGGACAGCAUAUUUGCAAGUGAAGGAGUUUGGGGUCGUUGUCCAGAACGGUCGACCUUUAGGCACCGACCUGACGCCUAGUGCUCCAUCCAAACCCGAGAUCACUGACAUCGGCACUACCUCUGUCACGCUCUCAUGGAAAUCCAGCCCCAAUGGAGGCGCCACACCUACAUCCUACCUAAUAGAAGCCUUCAGUCAUACUUUAGGGAGCAGAUGGGUGACCUUAGCCGAGCACGUGAAGAUGCCGACAUUUGUCCUGAGGAACUUGAAGCCUAGCACCGUCUACCUUUUUAUGAUCCGUGCGGUCAACGCGUACGGCCUCAGUGACCCCAGUACCAUCUCGGAUUCCGUCCGAACUCUCGACAGUGCUCAUACUGCUGAGGGAGCAGAUCCGCGUCACAUUCAGAGGGAAUUGGGUGAUGUGGUCAUCCACCUAAACACACCCACCAUUGUGUCAUCCUCUGCCGUCCGUGUAAACUGGAUUGUCGAGCAGCACUCAUUGUACAUCCAAGGCUACAAGCUGUUGUACAGGCCCUCGGCCGAACACGGCCAACCCGAGGGUCAGUGGAGCAUCCUGGAUGUACGUGCCCCACAUAAGGACGGAGUGGUGAUCGGUCAGCUCAAGAGAGGCGUCAUCUACGAAUUCAAAGUGCGGCCCUUUUUUGACGAAUUCCAGGGAGCCGACAGUGACGUGAAGGUCAUCAGAACAUUGGAAGAAGCACCGAGGCAAGCACCCCGGGAGGUUACGGUUACAAAGAGCGACACCAAUAGCACUGCAAUCCUCGUCUCGUGGAAAGCGCCUACGGUCCUAGAGGAGGCUACCGUCAUUCAGGAAUACAAGAUCUGGUGCCUGGCAAAUGAGAGUCGCUAUCACGUGAACCAGUCCGUGGACGGCUAUACUUUUUCGGUUCUAGUUCCGGGGCUCGCGCCCGGGAUUCGCUACAGUGUGGAGGUGGCGGCGAGCAAUGCUGCCGGACCCGGGGUCAAGAGCAAGGUCAAGUUCUUUGAGUUAGACUCAGCCGGUCAGAUGAUGAAUCUGAGUGAGGGAAAGGACACAUUGACACACAUUUCUGACGUGGUGAAGCAGCCGGCAUUUAUUGCGGGCAUUGGCGCCACCUGCUGGUGCGUCCUCAUGAUUUUCAGCGUGUGGCUUUACCGUCACCGCAAGAAGAGGAGAGGUCUCAGCAGUUCAUACACCGGCAUUCGAAAAGUGCCAUCUUUUACCUUUACACCAACAGUUGCGUAUCAGAGAGGAGAAUCUGUGUGUGGGGCUGGCAGAUCCGGCCUUCUCGGCAUGGGAGAACCUCUGAACCAGCUGUGGCUGCCAGAUAAUUGGCCAAAUGCAUGUGCCAAUCAUAAGGACUGCAGCAUCAACUGCUGUAAUAAUGGCAACGGCACCACUGACAGUAACAUGACAACGUACAGCCGACCAGCCGACUGCAUCGCUAACUACGGAAAGCACCCGGAGGACAAACGCGGGGGCCAGCUCUGCUCGGAGACCCCUAUUUAUACAGAUGUGAACAUUGGCGACAAGCUCCACGAGAUCAAAACAUUCAGCAAUUCCAACUUGGGCUACGCAAGUCCAGGAGGAGAUUCAUCCGAUCCGUACGAACCCAUCCCCUACGCGACCACCCAACUCAUUCAGGCCAGUAUUAAAAACAAGGCUCAUACGUUGGAGACUAUGGAAAUGCCUUGCUGGAAUCAGCCUCCGAACCCUCCUCCGCUACCGAAAGAGAUGGCCACGCAGAUGCAGUACAAUAUCAUAGAGCGAAACAUUCUCAAUAAAGAUGUUCCACAAGGAAAUGAAGGUUUAGUCCAUCACAAAAUCUUCCCAGAACACAAUAUAGGAGGCUCAGACAGGGGUAGCAACAGCAGCUCAGGUAGUCAAAAUCAAAAGAAAGGACCACGGGCCAUCAAGACUCCAAAGCAUACUGCCGUUAGUUGGGGAGAUGCUCUUUCUCCUCCUCAUGCUAUUGCCUGGAAUGGUGAUGAGUACAGCCUCCCCAUGGACAAGAGUUUUGAUCCAGACAACCGAACAGAAGGCUGUCCAACUCCUCCAAUUAGAUCUCCCCCAGACUUGUCUUCUAGUCACCAAACGACCACUCAUCCACAGGGAAUGAUGAACAAGGCGGUGCAGAAUGGAAUCAGCUCCGCUCCCCUUUACACGGACACUGAUGAACAAGAAGAUGAGGAAAUGGCGCAUCAUGAAAACCUCUACCACCUGCACAAGCAACACUCCCCGCACAAGCUGCUUCUCCACAGGCUGGAACGGACCCCCGCCUCUAGUACGGCCUCCGUGGUCAACAGCUGGGGCUCGGCGUCUGAGGAGAACUUGUCGUCGGGCAGGUCCAGCGUUAUCAGCACCUCGGAAGGAUCUUUCUUUACCGACGGAGAUUUCGGUCAGGCGGAAGGCUCGCGUAUGUGCAGAGACGCGGAAGACUCCGGUCACGGACAUGUGCGACCCAGCAGUCCCAUGUCCACAGACAGCAACAUGAGUCCUGCCAUAAUGCAGAAAAGGCCCAGAAGGUACAAGCAGAACCAGUGUGGGCAAAUAAACUGUCAUCCCAAAGAUGCCUUCAAUGAUGACUCGUUCACGCCGCUCAACUUCCCUAGUCACGUGCCCCACAGUGACUCGAGAGUCAGGGGGGCCACUUUACCCAGAAUGGGUUCCGGAGAAGCCCGAGGACGGAGAGGUAGCACCGGGACUCAGCGGGUCAGAGAAGCUCCGCUAGAAGAUGGCGAGAGCCGGGACAUACGCAAGAUUUUACCGAGAGGGAAAAAGGGAGAUGGCAGAAGCAGAGAGCACUCAGAAUGUUGGGAUAUCCGACUGUCUAGUCAACUCUCUAUCCCAUCAGAUCCAGCUGGAAGGGAGGCUGAUGACCCCGAUGGAUCCAGCUUUAUACCUUGUGUAAACUCCAGGAUCAAACACAGAGGACAGAUGGAGUCUGCGGGAGUAGACGAGUUGCUGAGAAGUUGAGAAUCCCUGAGAUGAGACCGUAGACAUCCGCUUCACCGAAGGCCUUGGCUGACGGGACGACUCAAAGACUGCACAACAAAUGCUCUUUUUCUAUCUCACAUUUCUCACUCGCCUCAUGUCGUUUUAAUGCUAGUGCUUAUCUCUGUGGAUUCGAUUGUCUGCCACGGGCCUGGAAAAAAAAAAAAGAAGGGCCAGCCACUUGUGUACUGCACACGAUGGGCCUUUCAUGUUUGUUUUCAAAUGCUUGUGUCAUUUCCAGACAUAUUGUAAAUUGUUUACUGCCACAAAAGUGCUUCAAAUUGAAAUUGUAUGUGACAGUGUUAAUGUUUUAUAAGUAAUGUACAUCUUGUCCUUGUAUGGUUUGUUCUACUUUGGUUAGAAAAGCACAAUCACUUAUUUUUAUGAUUAUAAUUGUAGACGUUUUGUGGAAUGGUGUAAAUCAUUGGAUGAUUUGAGAAAAUGAAUGUUGAUGUCAACGGUGCAUCCACUUCAAGCUGCUUUCAUUCACAAGUCAGAUCUGUUUUUUGUAUUUUUUGCAUGCGCGUUCUCCUGGCGGAGGGAUUGUACUUUGAAAUAUUGACUUCAUCCUGAGAAAAUUUCUUUGUUCAUCUGUUUACCUCCUCACCUGACCUUGGCCAUACAUUGUUCAUAUUAAAUCCGCUGCCUCCAUUUUCGUAUUCAUCUCAUAAGGACCAAAAUGGGUCUGUGCAACAGUUUGCCGGUAAAUGGAUUCAAUCUCAUUAUCUUGGAAAAUCAGAAGGGUUACCCUCAGUACAUGAUACAAUCACUGUACUCCGUGGCAGUAAUGCAGCACUAAUUGAAAGUGCAUCUUAAAAUUCAUUUACGUGGAGAACAAUAUUUGCCAAAAGCAGAGGUGGGUACAAACUUUGAGUAAGAAUAGUGUUACUUCAAAAUAAUAUUACUGAACUAAAAGUAGUCAUCCAAAACUCAAGUAUUCGGUGAAAAGAGGUCUGUACAUCUGAUUGGUUUCACAGAGUCAUGUGACGAUGUCUCAUUGGUGAAACUGGUAAUGUGCUGGCAAAAAAAAUAAAGUCAAAUCUAAAAAUGAGAAUGAAGAUGUACGCACUGUAGUUUCGCCCAAAGUGGCGUAGUAAGAGUAGUGUUUCUUUUUGGCUAAUCUACUCAGGUAAAAGUAAAAAGUAUGGUGUUGUACAACUAUUCUUAAAGGUACAUUUUUUUCUCAAAAAUACCCCUUUCCCACGGGACAAAAAACCCGUGUCAACCCACUAACAAUCGGCUUUUGGUGGCAGUGGGAAAGGUGCCUCGACCCGUGUCAAUCAACCCGCCAAGCGACCCGCGUUAAAAUCACCUCGGCUCUGGUUGUCAUGCAGUGUGAAAGCAAAACCCCGGGUCAACAGUCAACACCCUAAUCCUUGAACUGAAUGAAUUCGGUCGCAUUUGUUGACGCUCAUUUUAGCGUGGUGACGUCACGUAACCUUGCGCACGGCUGAGGAGGGGUGGGCGGUAAGACAGGUGAAAAAAAAAGACACGGCUUUUUUUUUUGUCAAUGGGAAAGGUGCCAAAUGCCAAUUGCUAGUGGGUUGCAUCGGCUUGGAAAAAACGCGCGUUGACACACUAGUUUCAGUGGGAAACGGGCAAUAGUUACGUAACUGAGUAAAUAUUACACAUUACUACUCACCUCUGGCCAAAAGACAUUUUGACAAAAAAAUAGGUGAUAUCUUUAAAUUAAGAUGGGAUUAGCCACAAAAAAAUGACUGUCUAAUCAACAAAACCUAUUAUGCAUACAGGUAGUCCUUGGGUUACGACUGACGACGUACCCGACUUACGUGAUUUCGACUUUACAGCACCGGAGUAUCGUCCGCCAUUUUGUAUACAGUUUUUCUUUUUUUUAAAUAAUGUUGACUUCUUUUGUGAUGUGUUUGUGUUUUAAUUUGGUGCAGGAAGCGUACAGCAGGUAGUACUUCAACCAGUGUUGUUAGUCUUCAUUUUAAAAAAUUAAUUACGGUUACAAAUGACUUUUCCCAAAAAGUUAUUUAGUAACUCAGUUACCUGAAUGUAAGCGUAAUUAGUUACUUGGCAAAGUAACUGGUGUUACCGUUCAUGUUUUUUUUUCCAUUAAAAAAAAAAUAUAUAUAUAUAUAUAGUAACCUUUGCUUUUUUUGGAAUUCAUUUAAUGUGAAUCAAUCGGUAAAGUUGUUCAAAUUGCUCCCGUUAUUGCAUUAGUUCCCUUCUGUAAACUUUCGAUAUGUGAAAGUUUUAAAACUGUUUCAUCAGUGUUCGAUUCAAGUCAAGAUUUUGGAGUAUUUUAGAUAAAAAGUUACUUAGGUUUGCUGGGAAUGUUUUCUACAACUAAGCCUUCCUGAGAAGUCUUCUGCUUUAUGGGGCUCAGUGGUAAAGUAGUUGUCCCCCAACCCAGAGGUUGUGGGUUCGAUUCUCUGCCCUGAUGAACUCGCCUGAGUAUCCUUGAGCAAGAUACUGAACCCACAUUGCUCCUGGUGCUGCGUCACCAGUUGGUACAGUAGAUAGCGAUGUAGUGUAAAGUGCUUUGAGUGCCUUGAAAAGUGGAAAAGCACUAUACAAGUAUAACACCAUUUAAGAUGGCGGCUGUUUACGAACGCCGGCGAGUCUAUCAUUUCACAUCUAGUUCUCUAUACACGUGCUAACACUGCCGUGCCUGUCAUUUCGCAUCUAGUUCUAUAUGUAUGUGAUAUCUACGUAGCAUCAUGUGAGCUUAGUUUGGAGGCUAUUGGCUACAGUCAGGUAUUAUUGGAGCCACCUAGCCUAGCAUCGCGUUUGCAACGGCGACACAGUGGCCUUCCUCCUUUCCCACCACUCUUCUCUCUCUGUGUCUCUCCGACUUUUCUCGCGUCAUUCAACCAAGGUAGUAACGCAUAGUAACGCACGACUUUGCAUCCUCAGUAACAACGGCAUUGCCAAGAUGAGAAAAGUAAUUCAUUAGAUUACUCACUACUGAAAAAAAUAACAGUGUUAGUAUACGCCGUGAUACUCUAACACAGUUAUUAACGUUGACUUCGACACACGAGUAAGAGCGCAUGUACACAAGAACGUAUUUGCGCACACGAUGAAGAGCACAUUUGGUCCCACGAAGAAGUUGCGCAGCCGAGAGAGAGAAGAUUACCGCUGCAAGCCUGCGCGCACAUUUGUUGCUUGUGAAGUAUCCAUAGAGGCAACACCUGUAUAUAAAACUUUUUGUACUGUUUAUUGUGCGUUUUCAAUUGUGGUGGAAUACUCGGGGCGAGUUUGUGUUUUUGAUGAUGUGCGGACGCUAACUGAUACACGCUAAUUGUUUGUGUGGAUUGUUUUUGCUGUAUCAGCAGCUAUUUAUAAAUGCAAAUUUGGAUUGCUGUUAUUGAAGAAGAAUCUGAUUUAAUGACAUUUUUAUUUUAAUUUCAUUCUGCAAGUGUUGAUGUCAUGAGCAGCUAAAUAUAGUCAGCAAACCACACGAUGUCUGACAUCGUCAUUUUGGAGCUUAGCUCGUUGUCUAGCUAGGCCCUAGCUCCAACGUCUUGGCGAGGACAUUAGAAUGAUGUAUGAAUGCAUGUUUUUUGGAUAGUUAUUAUGAGAUUUAGGGGGUAUUCGAGGUGCUUAAAGGGUUAAAUCCCACUUACACAGAAAUUUGGGUAAUGUCGCCAGCGCAGGAACUGAACUCGUUCAUAACCCGAGGACUACCUGUUUUUCAAUUUUAAUAAAUGUCAAUAGAGUCUAUCACGUUAUUUUUCUCUGCUAUGGUUAUUUUCACAAAUUUACAUUUUUGACUCUAAAGCCAGUUGAAGCAAAAUUGAGAUUGUGUACCGUAUUUUGCGCACUUUAAGUCAAACCUUCGAUGAAUUACCUAUUUUAAAACUUUCACCACAUUAUAAGGCACAGUAGUAGUGCUGUGAUUAUCCAACAUUGAUCUAAUUUUGAGGAAACGGAAGACUUUUAGGUGCGCCUUCUAGUACGGAAAAUACAGUAAAUGUUCUGUUUGUUGUUGUUGUUUCAUUUUCCCAUUUUGCUGCUGAUGCUAGUGAAAGAUGCGCAAACUGGGCUUGUCUUUUCAAGAACAUGAAUGUACUCACCCAGCCUAUUCUCUGGGAUUUCUGUAUUUUGACAGCGAUGUAGCCGAGGCUUAAGGUCAACUCGUUAUACGACUUGUUAUUUUUAUCGAGCUCCAACAGAGAUGUAUGUGGGGUCGCGGGUCGUAUGGAUGAUUUUGUUUAUCGAAAAGCGCUCUGCCAAUUAGCAAGCAUCGCUCCUGACUGCUAAUCAGUGCUUGCUUGCUUGCAUCAACGACUCACUUGUCUGCACUCAUUUCGUACUUUUGUAAUCUUGCUUAACCAUUCAUGUGCAAAAUAUUCAAUUCGUUACAUUUAUUUCAUGCUUCAUCCCACAGGUUUGUGAAUAGUAAACAGAAGAUUCAAUCUUUCUGGCCAAUUGUAUUCAUUUAGUUGGAGGGGGGGGAUGUAAUU